GUUAACCCUGUUACUACCUGGAGCAGGACUGAUGUUCUGUCUGCGUCUCCAAGACUACAGCUGCAGACAAGAGCUAUAAUCACAGCUGAGACUUGGACAGCACCAUCUCACGCAUAGGGAGCCGCACUGUGAUCUGGAUGAAGAUCUGUUCUUCUGUUUGGUUUUUGUUAAGAAGAGCUACUGCUCAGAAAGUGACUUCGGCAUUACAGCUGCACCACCUUAGACGACUACUUACAGCAAGACUCAUUAACAACCCCAGUGACACUGACAUCUCUGAUCAUUAUGUUAGCAACCAACCACUCAGUAUGGGCACCUCUUAAAUUUUACUGAAUGCAGGAUUAAAAAGGAGGUUGCAAAGCUCAGAAUCCUCAGAACUCGACCUGCCCUGACAGCGUCUGAGCCACCAUGGGAACCCGAGGUGACGUGUAUCCAUUGGGGCUCUGCAUCGCCCUGUGCCUGGGGGGCACCAUGGCCCAGAAUCAUGGUGUACAAGGUACCACUGAGGACUGUAACAACCAUGUGCUAUGCCCAGCAAACGCCAAGUGUGUGAACAACGCCCACUGCACCUGCCUGGAUGGAUACCAGUCACAUGGGAAUCGCUUCUUCAAUGACACAACGGAGAUCUGUGACGACAUUAACGAGUGUCUGGGGCCGAGCCCGCCAGACUGUGGACGCAACGCACACUGCACCAACAGGGCUGGGAGUUACUACUGCACCUGCAUCGAUGGCUACGAGUCCAGCUCUGGGAAAGCCAACUUCACGAACGCGAGUGAGAACACCUGCCAGGACAUUGACGAGUGCCAGCGAAACGCCACAAUCUGUGAGCCCCACGGGAACUGCAUCAACAUGCCAGGGAGUUACAUGUGUAAAUGCAGUGGGGGAUUUCGGAAGAGUCAAAAGGAUACGUCUAAGAUCUGCACAGACAUCGACGAGUGCCACAAGAACCCAGGUAUCUGUGGCCCCAAGGCCACGUGUAUCAACACCUACGGAAGCUACUGGUGUGAGUGCUGGGCCGGAUACGUCCCCUCCAAUGGGAACACGACCCUGUGCGAAGUCCCCAGCAUUAACUCCAGCGCUGAGUUCGAGGGAAUCAAAGCGACGUGCAGGAAUUUCUCUCUGCAGGGAAAGUGGAGCGGCAGAAGCAGCAGUUUUUGCUCUUUCUUUAAUUCGACCUUAAACAUUUUGAUGUCCACGUGCAGAGACGGGAGUGCUGUGUUAUCACUGGAGGAAGCAACUCUCGGUUUCAAUGACCUCCUGAACAGCACCUCCCUCUGGGAUGGUGGAGACAAGAGGGACCUGGGGUUGGCCCUGACAGUCCUGCUGCAGAGCGUGGAACUGGCCGCGUUGGCCACUGCGCUCCGGUCUCCAGAGAUAACCACACAGAACAUGACGACAGAGUCUAUGGCUGUCCAGACGCGGCUCGUCACAGGGAACUGCAGCCGGGACAGUGAGGUCUUCACGCUGAGAGCUCACGAGGAGACGAUGGUCGUGCACUGUGAUACAGUCACCAGGGCAGCCACACAAGCAGGUUUGGGGGCUGCUGCUUUUAUUUCCUACUCCAACCUGGACUCCAUCAUCAGUGCGAGACGUCUCAGCGAGGGAAAUCUACCGGCUGGUGGGAAGCUGGAGAAGAGUCAUCUCAACUCCAGGGUGGUGAGUGGGGCCGUCGGAGACGGGAGACCCAUUCACCUCUCCAGACCCGCAAACUUCACCCUGCGCCACAGACAGGCCAAAAGAGAGGACGAAGAGGCUCUCUGCGUCUACUGGAAAGUAGAGGCCGAAAGCGGCAGUUGGUCUCCAGAUGGCUGCACAGCCGUGCACACGAACAGCACUCACACCACCUGCAGCUGUGACCAUCUCUCCAGCUUCGCCAUCCUAAUGGCUCCCACCACAGUGACGAAGAGUUACCCACUGACCAUCAUCACCUACGUGGGACUGACCCUCUCCCUGCUGUGCCUCUUCCUCGCCAUCCUCACCUUCCUCCUGUGCCGCUCCAUCCGCAACGUCAGCACCUCCCUCCACCUGCAGCUCUGCCUCUGCCUCCUCCUGGCCGACCUGCUCUUCCUCGCUGCCGUGACCCACCCCAGCAUUCCAUCCUUAUGUCACAGUCUCUCUGUGGCGUGUGCUGUCAUUGCUGGGCUCCUACACUACCUCUUCCUGGCCUGCUUCAGCUGGAUGUUCCUGGAGGGGCUGUUUCUCUUCCUCACCGUCAGGAACCUGAAGGUCGUGAAUUACACCAGCACCAGCCGGUUCAAGAAGAGAUUCAUGUACCCGUUCGGCUACGGAUUCCCAGCCCUGGUGGUGGCUAUUUCUGCAGCGGUGAAUCCUGACGGCUACGGAACUUCCAAACACUGCUGGCUCAGCCUGGACAGAGGCUUUCGUUGGAGCUUCCUGGGUCCAGUCUGUGCCAUAAUCCUGAUAAAUAUAACGUUCUUUGCCCUGACCCUGUGGAUCCUGAGAAACAGUCUCUCCUCCCUCAAUGCAGAUGUGUCCACCCUCAGAGACCACAGGUUACUGACCUUUAAAGCCAUCGCCCAGCUCUUCAUUCUGGGCUGCACAUGGAGCCUUGGUCUCCUCCAAGUCGGCCCAGCAGCCACGGUCAUGGCGUAUUUUUUCACCAUCAUCAACAGCCUGCAGGGAGCCGUCAUCUUCCUGGUGCACUGUCUCCUCAAUCGCCAGGUGAGAGAGGAGUACAGGAGAUGGAUCAAGGGAUUCCAAACGUCCAGCACAAAAUCUCAGACAUACGAUCUAUCCAUGUCUGCUGUCCCCACCACCAGCACCAAGACGGACUAACCCUUCUGCCAGGCGGAGUCGGCAGCCACCAGGGCCGGGUUCAAUACCUAGGGGUUCCAAUACAAAACCGAACCGGCUGGAGCCCCCUGUGACGUUGCACUUCAUAUGCUUUAUGGAAAUAUGCUCAUGAAUAUGAUAUAACUGGAAUAUACUUUACUCUAAACACCCCUUGCAUUGUGUCUUUAGAAAGUUUGUAAUCUACUAAGUGUGUUCAUCCUAUUUGUUUGCAUGUAUUAUUGCUGUAUUCGGAGUUAGGAGAAUAAGAUAUAAACCUGUAUCACUGAUGAAAAACAUAU